AUGUGUCCAACAAGCAUACGACGAAAUUACCACCAUCCAUUCGCCCCAUAUGACAUUCAACUCAAGCUCAUGGAUGCCAUAUACGACACCAUCGAGAACGGUUACAAAAUUGGUCUUUUUGAAAGUCCGACAGGAACGGGGAAAACGUUGUCAAUCAUAUGCUCUACCAUGACUUGGCUAAGAGAUUACAAGAGAAACCAUGUAUUUGAAAUUGAUGCUGAAUCCGAGGAGAGCAGUGAUGAUGAACCAGAGUGGGUGAAAAAUGCCUAUAGAAGCUCCAUAGUUGAUAAAUCAAAAGACAAACUUAAACAAUUUGAACAACAUUUAGAUCAAGUAGAGCAAAGCCAUGGUGAUAAAGUAAGAACAGAAUUUACGACUCAUCAAAAGAUCAAAAGGCGACAAGUCACUCAAGAAGAAACAUUUUUGCCUGAUGAUUACCACAGUGAUGGCGGACCUGAUUUAUUGGAAGCACAAAACGUCAAGCUUAACAAAGAGAUUAAUCGAUUGAUGCACCGUGAAGAAAAUGAAGCAAAGGAUUACCAUUGCAAAACCAAAAUAUUCUUCUCAUCAAGAACCCACUCCCAAUUGAAUCAGUUUUCAAGUCAACUACGGCUCACGUCAUUUGAUUCUUCAUUCGAUGAUUUGACGGAGAGGACUAAAUACUUACCAAUAGGGUCUAGAAAGCAAUUGUGCGUCAAUGAAAAAGUAUCCAAAUGCGGUGAUCAAAGCAUCAACGACGCUUGCAUAGAUUUACAGAAAACCAAAGAGGGUUGCACGUAUUUAACAAAAGACCAAUCAUUAGUCAAAGAAUUUUCCGAUUUAAGUCUAUCACGAAUUCGUGAUAUUGAAGACCUUGCAACCUUAGGUACCGAACUCCACGCAUGUCCAUACUAUUCUGUUAGAAAGGGUCUAGAGUCUGCUGAAGUGGUGUCAUUACCAUAUCAAUUGCUAUUUCAAAAAUCUGCACGUGAUGCAUGGGGGCUCGAUAUCAAAGAUGCAAUCAUCAUCAUAGACGAAGCACAUAAUGUUAUUGAUUCGAUUACAUCAUUGUACUCGGUUCAAAUCUCAGUCCGCCAACUUCACAAAGUUAUGCAAUCUUUGAAAGUGUACUUGACGAAAUUUGCCAAGAGAUUGAACAGUGGGAAUCGAAUCAAUAUUAUCAAGUUGACAAAGAUUUGUAAAGUAUUGGCCACGUUUAUGGAGUCACAAGAAGUAUCACCUGGCAAAGAAGUCAAAGUAGAGGAUAUUUUCCAGGACUCUACUGGUGAUUUGGUUAACAUACAUAAACUAGACGAAUAUUUAACCAAGUCCAAAAUUGCAUACAAGAUUGAAUCUUAUAUAGAAAAGUCUGAAGAUUCACCAGGUGCUUCCUCACCUGCACUUUUUGAAAUUGCCAAAUUUCUUCGUGCAUUGACCAACCCUAGAAAGGAAGGCAAAUUUUAUUGGGAUAAAAUUGCAAACGAGUUUCAACUUCGAUAUAUGCUACUAGAUCCAAGCAUAGUGUUUAAUGAAAUCGUGGCGGAUGCUAAAUGUGUAUUGCUUUGUGGAGGUACAAUGGAACCAAUGACAGACUUUACCGACUUUUUAAUGCCGCAAGUUCCACAGCACCAGAUAAAGGCAUUUUCGUGCCAGCAUAUUGUUCCAAACGAUAACUUGAAAGUAUUUACAAUUGACAAGUGGGGCAUAGAGUUUGAUUUUCUGUACAAUAGACGGGAAGAUAAGUCACAGAUGGAAAAAUUGGGACAAUUUAUUUUACAAAUCUGCAAAGUGGUUCCUCAUGGUGUUGUCAUAUUCUUCAGCAGUUAUAAUUUUCUCUACAAAGUGGUACAAUACUGGCAACAAACCAACUUGUUUCAAAAAUUAACUGCUUUCAAGACCAUUUUCCAAGAACCUACAAACUCUUCCAAUGUCGACGCUGUGUUAUCUGAAUACUCAAAUGUUAUCACUUCACAAGAGAAAGGAGCUCUCUUAUUAUCUGUUGUUGGUGGGAAACUAUCCGAAGGUAUCAACUUUUCAGACAAUCUAGCUCGAGCAGUUAUCAUGAUUGGUUUGCCAUACCCCAAUGCAUUUCUGGGUGAAAUAAUUGCUAAACGAGCAUUCAUUGAAUCUCAAGUUUUGGCAAAAGGUGGCUCAUUGCAAAGCGCCAAAGAAAGCUCCAAUGAGUAUUACGAAAACUUAUGCAUGAAGGCAAUCAACCAAAGCAUUGGUCGUUGUAUCCGACAUGGUAACGAUUAUGCGUUGAUUUACUUGGUUGACAAGAGAUAUAAACAACCGCGGGUGCAGAAUAAGUUGAGCAAAUGGGUCAAAGAUCGACUUGUUACUGAUGACAGUGUUCUUGAUGAUUCUACAAAGUUUUUCUCCUCUAAAAGGUGA